AUGUUGUCCAUUUUCCAGUUGGCAGAUUAUCUUCUGAACUCAAACCUCUGCAUCUCACUCUGGGGUACGCAGAAAGCCCGACAGAUGAAUGUUUCGUCAGCUCAGCCAGCCAGACGGUCAAUGUCGGAAUCUGGUGAAAAACCACGACCACGGAAGAAACGACCAUCGUCACAAGUGCCAAAAACUCCACGUGAUGAAAAUGUAGCACCACGGCCGGGGUCGGAAGAAAAAUCUCAAAAACCCAAGAAGAAAUCCUCUUCGAAACCCAGAAGACCGAAGAAAUCUGCUCCGUCUUCAGAACAAUGA